UUCGUUUCUGUUUAGGCUGGUUGAUUUUAUUUACAUUUCGGGUGAACUUGUAAAUUGCUUCACCAUUCACUACACAACACACCAGUCAAUCCAGCCAGUAUUCCAUCGUACGCAGGUAGGCAAAGAGGGACGAUUUUUGUGCAUUACGUUGCCACUUUCCCCUGUUUGCUGUCCAGCGCAAUUUUUUUGUGUGUUAUUGGUGAGGUCAAAAGUCCGAUUAUAUAACGAACACACAGAAUGGCUCCCAAGGAACCUUCCCCGCUGGUCAAGUUGUACCUGAUUGCGUACAAUGGAGCGAUGGUCGUCGGUUGGUCUUACAUGCUUUAUCAACUGGUGGCUUACUACACAUUCGAUAAAGGAAACGGAAAACCUUUGUGGGAUUACCUGGGAACCACCGUGAUAAUAUUUCAAAAUGCAGCCGUCCUCGAGAUAGUACACGCAGCUACUCGGAUCGUUCCAAGCAAUCCGGUUAUUACCACAUUCCAAGUGCUCUCACGUGUGAUGGUCGUCUGUGGGGUCGUAAUGGCCACUCCCACUGGAAAGUCAUCUCCCGGUCUUCCAUUGGCUCUGCUGGCAUGGUCCGUAACCGAAAUCAUUCGGUACGGUUACUAUGCGCUCAAUCUAGUUAACGCCGUCCCGCACAUUCUGAUCUUUCUCCGAUAUACCACAUUCAUUGCUCUCUAUCCGAUCGGAGUGACCGGCGAGCUGUUGUGCUUUUUCUGGGCCCAAAGCUAUGUGCGUGAAUCGAAACAGUGGAGCAUCGAAAUGCCCAACGCGUACAACUUUACGUUCUCCUACUUCUACUUCCUGUGGUUGGUAAUGCUGCUGUACAUCCCGCUGUUUCCCCAGAUGUACCUGCAUAUGUUUGCCCAGCGGCGGAAAAUUCUCGGAGGUGGCAGCAAAACUGCCUCCGGCAAGCAAAAGGUUAAAUAAGCAGCUGACUAGUUCGGUGGCAACCUAUUUUCGGUUCAGGGCAACAUUAGACUGUUACACAUUACACAUUUCAAAGCUAAUAAGACUUAUACGGAAGAGGUUUACGUUUGAUUGUUCUAUUUGCAUUACAAACUCGAUCGUUGUUUGAAACGUUCCGUACGCACACUCGACUGCAGGCUUAAGAAGCAUGCUAGGUGGAGGAUUUGAAAUUAAAUAAAACUGCACUUAAACAUACU